AUUCUCAACAGAAGUUAGAACACGCUUGGCAAGCUGAGACCAACGAAGAAGCGCCGCUGAUACAAGGUACUUAUAAAUACACACAGUCGAUAAGUGCCGGGGAUAAAUGAACUUUUGAUCGGGCUCCUUGUGUGAAUGUAAAAUAUAUUUCAACCUUAAAUCAGACUUUGCGUUGGGGAUUAUUAUAACGACAUCAUUUAGAAAAGGAGAACAUAUAUUGUAAGCAAUGUGUUGGAGAAAAGGAUUGUCUGCACUAUAUCAUUUACAUCACCUAUUCAACCAAUUUGAAAUUCCCAUACGUAUAAUGAUUUCACCUAGGAGCAAGAACUUGUGAUAACCCCCUACACAACUCUCAAACACCCAUCACCAUGAGCUCAAGUCGUCAGAGAAAGGAGGUGGCGAGGAGAUUGAAAUCCAAGGUCAAGAACUACUGCUCCAAGGAGAAAUGGAAGGAGCGCUUCCCCAUCUCCAUGUGGCUGCCAAAGUACCGCAUCUACAAAGGAGUCAAUGAUAUCAUCGCUGGACUGACGGUGGGUCUUACGGUGCUGCCUCAAGGGCUGGCCUAUGCCGGUAUCGCCAAGCUUCCAUCGGAGUAUGGACUCUAUGCAGCCAUUAUGGGUGGGUUCAUGUACGCUCUCUUUGGGAUGUCCAAAGAUAUCUCGGUUGGCCCCACAGCCAUCAUGUCCCUCCUAGUGGCACAGUAUGGAACACCCAUCCCAGGAGACGAAGAAUUGAACGAUCCAACCUAUGCCAUACUGUUGGCAUUCUGCUGUGGAAUCGUUCAACUCGUCUUCGGGAUCCUACAUCUAGGUUUUAUAGCCAACUACAUAUCUGCAGUGGUAAUAGCAGGUUUCACCUCUGCAUCGGCUAUCACCAUAGCGAUGAGUCAAGUAAAAACCAUUCUGGGCAUCAAAUUCCCAGCGGAGACGUUUUUCCAUGACCUCAUCGAAACAUUCAGGCAUAUCACUGAAACAAGGUGGCAAGACCUCACUCUUGGAUUGAGCUGCAUUGUUGCACUGGCAUUAAUGAGGUUCAUGAAGAAUAUAGCGCAGCAAAAAAUAGAAAAGUUGGGAAAGAAGCCCCCAUUGAGAAAAAAGAUUAUCUGGAAGUUUUUAUGGGUGUUUGGAACUGCUCGCAAUGCCGUUAUCGUCGUUGUAGCAGCAGGUAUAACGUACGGGCUUCAUGAGAAUGGCAUGGAGGAGGUCUUUACCAUCACGGGUAAUGUCACAGAUGGUCUCCCGCCCCUGUCUCUGCCAAACUUUGGGGCAGACAACAUCAUCAAGCACUUAAAUAUAGGUCUUAUAAUCAUACCCAUGCUGGGCUUUCUGGAAAAUAUAGCUAUUGUCAAGGGCUUUGCUCGUAAGAAUGGCUACCGUGUAGAUACAAACCAAGAGCUGAUAGCUAUAGGGGCAUGUAAUAUUGGUUCAUCGUUUAUCUCAGGAUACCCCAUUACAGGCAGUUUCUCAAGGUCAGCGAUCAACGAGCAGAGCGGAGUCAUGACCCAGGCAUCUGGCAUUGUAACAGGGACGCUGGUCAUCGUCUCUCUUGCCUUCCUCACUCCAGUAUUCUUCUACAUCCCCAAAGCCUCCCUAGCAGCUGUCAUUAUCUAUGCAGUCCUCUUCAUGAUCGACUACCACAUCGUUGUCAAGCUAUGGAGGGUCAGAAAACCUGACCUGAUCACCUUGGCGAUGACCUUCUUCGUAUCACUCUGGCUUGGAGUAGAGUAUGGUACUAUCAUCGGUAUUCUGGUUGACCUCCUUAUGCUGCUAUAUCCUUACGGAAAACCAGGUUUAACGUCUAAAGAGGUGGAUCAGAGCGUUGUGAUUAUACAGAUGGAGAGGGGUCUGAGGUUCCCUGCAGUAAGUGAGCUACAGAACCUCCUGGAUGACAAAGCCCUCAUCCAAGAGAAACCUCCCUCAGCCAUCUUAGAUUUCUCAAAUGUUUCAUCUAUGGAUUACUCGGUUAUUGAGGGUCUGAAAGACAUCUUCAAAUCGUUUUCGAAGAAAAACAGCAGUCUAGUGUUAGCAGGUGUGAGGCCCAGCAUGAGAACUCUCAUUGACAAAGCCAAGAUCAAGGAUGUGGUCAUCUACGAUACCGUCGAUGAUGCCCUGGAGGGGGUGGACGAAGCCCUGCAGAAGAUUUUCAUAGAUGAUGAUCCUAAUCAAAAUCAUCAGGUUGUCCAGCUUACCAAUUUGACGGCUGGUCCCAGUAAUAGAUUGAGUAGGGUCAUCGAGGUGGAUGUGGAGGAGGAGGAGGAGGAAGAGAUUGGUAAGAAGGAAGCAGAUACUGCAAACAUGGACCAGCAAGAUGCGACUCGUCGGGAUGAAAGCAACCAAGAGGCGACCAUCCAAGAUAAGACCGGUCACACAGAUGGAGGCCAUCCAGAUGACAGUGGUCGAGAAGAGAAUGUCCAAGUAUCUGAGCUAUGAUGUACAUGUAAAGCAGCACAUUGGGAUAAGUCACAAAGUGCGUUCAACUCAACUGCUCCUAAUAUGGCUCUGAGCCGGUAUUGAAUUUGAUACGUAUCUCAGAAAUAUGGGUAUUCUACUCAGUUUUCAACUUAAACAAGCCAACUUCAGUAUUCACUUGAAAAUGUUGGCAAAGUGUUUUUUACCCUAAGCUAAGCUGACUUGAUCUCAUUUGAAGAAGACUAGAAGCCAUUUUACGUAGGUAAGCUAAAUGCUAAGUAAAUUUCUGACUUAAUCCACAUACUGAAUUAAAUCAAUGAAUAUUAGAGGGCAAUCUCAUCCUGAUACAGUAUUAAAUUGGUUUUAACUCAUUGCCUAUAUGAGAACCAUGUGGUUAUUGUAAAACAGCCUAUGGGAAUGAGAAAAUUUCGGUAUACAUUGGUCAAUGUUGAUAGAAAAUGACAGAAAAACUACAUCAGUUAAAGUUUGGGGGUAUCUAAUAAAAAGUAUUUAAAAAAAGACAAAUUAAUCCAGGCAGUUUGUAUCGUAUUUCACUUUAUUUUGAUCAAAAUAAUUUGUUAUACAUUGUUUUAUACAUAAAUUGUUUUGUAUAGAUAGUAAACGUUCAUGUGUGUAUUGUAUGUUCUCCUUCAAAACGGAUUUAACUAUCUGAUCUUCUAAAUGGUUUAUAAUGUUAUAUUUUGUCAUUGAGAAAUUUAUGUUGGUCUAUAUGUUGACAUCUGAUGAUUCUGUGCAAUUCUGUAUUAUAUAAUGUAUUUCCAAAUGACAUGUGUGUGAGCUAUAUCUAAUUGCCUGACUAUAUACAAUAUGCCAAAUGAUUUUAAUUGCAGGGAUAAUGAAAAUUCUUUCAUGGAGAGCAGAUGUUAUGGCAUAUGCAUAUGCAUGAUUUAUUGAAUAAAGAACAGAUAUAUAUUAUUUUUGUUUAUUAUAAGUUGUGGUUGGUUAUUUUAAUUCAGACAAUGGUGCGCUUAGAAACACCCGUAUUAAGCGCCUGAUAAAUGUUAUGUAUUAUUAUUAUACUACACAAUGCGAGAUAUCACAUUAUGUUCAGAUUUUAUUAGAAAUAGCAAUAUAAUCAAAUACACAUGUAAACGAUUAUGACGAUUUUCAUAAGGAUGGUUGUAAUAAUGGUUUGAAAGUUCUCGUAUGAUAUCACAGUUUCGAUGUCUAGAGUUUAGACAUCUUCCUCAGACGCGAAUUAGCAGACUGAAGUACGCUGCCAAUUUUGCUAUCGCAAGUGGUUGUUGUUUUGGCGAUUACUGCAUAUCAUCAUUAUGAUGAUAUCAGCUGUCUGACAUAAACGAUGUAAAGAUGUAAGCUAGCUUCAGCCUGCCUGUUCGCAUCUGAGAAAGAUGUCGGAACUCUGGACAUCAAAACUGUUACAGGUUAGUUUUCCUCUUGAAUGUAAUACCACAACUUUCAAAGUACAUGUAGGCCUAGACAAAGUCUGCCUGAUUUAAUUUCGGGGAAUGUUCAUAUCACUAGUGAAUGAGAGUUAAUGAGCAACCCACUAAGAAUGAAGCAAUUCUGCUUCUAUUACUUUUUUUAUAUCAUAAUUGUAAUUUAUUAAAAUAGUAUAAUUGUAAUUUAUUAAAAAGGGACAUUCAUAGCCCGUUUGUAAAUUGUUGCCCAGAGGUCGUAUUUUGAGAUUUAUUAGAUCUCAGUGACAUAAACACCCUUCAAAUCUUUCUUAAAUAAGCAUGAGCACCAUUUAAGCAAGAAUUAAUGAUGCCACAAGUAGUAAGAAAUGUUAGAUUUCACUUUUAUCAUGCCAUUAGAAAUGGAGUGAACAAUUAAGAGAUGUUGUCAAUAGACAACAGGAAGGUGUUCGUGACUUGUGUUUUGCUGACAUGAAAUAUACAACAGAAAAGAUUUUGAAUGCUGCUGUACACUGAAUAUUAAAGUCAGAACCAAAAAUGGCUAUAGAAAUAUUUCAAGGCUGUUCAGCAAACGUAGUUGAAAUUCCAUUAUAUGGAAUAUCUUACUUUUGAAAGAUGGCUGCAUUCCUGCAAUCAUUUAGACGUAGUUUUCCUUGUAUAUCCUACCCAGUGGUGAUGUAAAGAUACGACGUUAAGAUUAAGCCAUUGUCACAUGCUCAUUUAUUAUCAGGUAAAAUAGACAUGACUUUUAUGCCAUAUUCAAAUUUCUCAAUAAUGCCCUUGCAUAUAAAUAUGACAAAUCAUGUACGUAGAGAGGCUCCAUUCUCUAAGUGUAUUAAGUGUAUGUAGACUGCAGGAGUACGUGUUAUGAAAUGUUUGUUAGAUAGUCUAGAAGAGUAAUGUUUUGAGGCAUAUAUUUCAGAAUAUAGAUCCUUGUAUUUCAGUGCAGUUAAAAAAUAAUAAUCUGAUAUGCAAUCUAUAAUGUCUUCCAUAUUGAAGAACUAUCUAUAUUGACAUCACAUUGAAUUAACAGUACUUUGUUUAUCAUUUGAUAAAUUUACAGUUGUCUGUAUAUUAUUGGAGGAAUGUGCAGUAAUUUGUAUAUUUUUGUCUUUUAAAACGAAUAUAAAGUGAUAAUUGAGAAAUGA